AUGAACACAAUAGAGGAUCCGGAUCUUAUAUCAACAUGGGCCAAACGUUGUGAUCGGUCCAUAUUUAUCAUCGGUGGUCAGCGUACACCAAAACCUCUGAAUCAUAGUAUCUACCCAUUCUUAGUUGCUUAUAUUAGGGAUGAACAUUUAGAAAGAUACGAUAAAUUAUCGGAUAAAGUUUUACUUUCUCUAUUGUAUCUUUAUAAAAGUUAUGUCAACGAGUAUGAUUGGUUUCUAAAAGCAGAUGACGAUACGUAUGUGAUUAUUGAAAAUUUACGACAUUUUCUACGUCGAAAACUAUCGAAUGCCACUGGUUAUUUUGGUUAUGUUGUUAAGACGCAUGAUCGUCUAUAUCCGUCGGACGGAGCUGGAUACGUUUUAAGUCAAGCAACGUUAAUAAAAUUGGGCGAAGAAAUAUUGACUAAACCGGAAAAACAUAAAUUGUGUCGUGAUAAUGCAGCAGAUGUUAAUUUAACCUACUGUCUUGCUCGUAUAAACGUGUUUGUCAGUCAUGCAAGAGAUAACAGUCAAUUGGAAACAUUUCAUCCGAUGAUGUUUGAAGAACAUUUUUUAGGCAAAUUUACGCGUUGGACUGAACAUUACGCUCAGUAUGAUCAGAAAAAAGGCCAUAACUGUUGUAGUAUUUUUACAAUUUCAUUUCAUGGCAUGUCACCACGUAACAUGAAAUUACUCAAUUUUCUUUUGUAUCAUAUUCAAAUAGCACAAAGUUAA